GCAGAGACGAGAGGGGCAGAAAGAAAACAUACAGUACAGCAGCUAAAGGCAAGAUGGCUUUCAUAGCCUGCUGAGGCAGUGUGCAGUGUUUAGAACCAUCUUCUGCUAUUCUGGAAUCUAACCGGGAUCUAAGAAGGGAAGCGCUUGGUUCUCAAGGGUUCUAGAUCAGAGGAGAUCAGGUAAUGGAAGGUCUGGGAGACAAGCAGGCAGAAUGUUGGCUCAUGCACAUUGAGGAUAGGAAGGACUAUAUGGUGGAACAGCCACUGUUUUUUAUUAUGUGCCAUGCAGUCUUCAAUUAAUAUAAUGAUUUCUCCCUUUGUGUUUCCCUCCUUCCUGUAUGUCUCCCUCCAGCUCCAAUGAGUGUACCAGCAGCAGCAGCACAGAAAGCAGACAGCAACAGUGAAAUGCAGUCGCCUGCAGUGUCUCCCUCCUUCCUCCCCAGCCAGCCAGGAAAGAUUCCCGGCAGGAAGAGGGGGAGACCCCCACUACAUCGCAAGAUGGAUUUUCCAACCCACUACCCUGAAUCCCUCCCUCCCCUCAAAGUGCCCAAGAAGAGGGGGAGAAAACCUGGCUUCAAGGUCAGUUUCAGGGAUGGGAGGAGAGAGAAUAGGAGGGGAUGGGAGGAGAGGAGAGAGAAAGAGGAGAGGAUGGGAGGAGAGGAGAGAGAAAGAGGAGGGGAUGGGAGGAGAGGAGAGAGCAACAGAGGAGGGGAUGGGGAGAGGAGAGAGAAAGGGAGGGAGAUGGCUGCGAGGAGAGAGGAGAAAAGCGAGAGAGAGAAGAGGGGGGCUGGAGGAUGAGGAGAAGAGGAGGGGAUGGGAGGAGGGAGCGCCAGAGGCGGGGGGGGAUGGGAGGAGAGGAGAGAGAAAGAGGAGGGGAUAGGCGGAGAGAGAAAGAGGAGGGGAUGGGGCGGGGAGGAGAGAGAGGAGAGGAGAAAGGAGGAGGGGAAGGGAGGAGAGCGACGAGAGGCGAAGGGGGGGGAUGGGGGGGAGGACGGAUAGAAAGAGGAUGGGGGGGGAUGGGAGGGAGAGGAAGCAAGAGGAGGGGAUGGAGAGAGUGAGGAAAGAGAGGAUGGGGGAGAGAGAAGGAGGAGGGGAGGGCGGAGAGAAAAGGAGGAGCGGAUGGGAGGUGAGAGAAAGGAGGAGGAGGAUGGGAGGAGAGAGAAAGAGGAGGGGACGGGAGGAGAGAGAAAGAAAGAGGAGGGGAUGGGAGGAAGGAUGAUAGAAAGAGGAGGGGACGGGAGGAGACGAGCGAAGGAGGAGGGGAUGGAGGAGCGGAAGAGGAGGGGAUGGGAGAGAGGACGUGAUAGAAGAGAAGGGGAUGGGAGGAGAGAGAAAAAGGCGGGGGAAUGGGAGGAGGAGGAGAGAGAGAAAAAUAGGAGGGGAUAGGGAGGAGAGACAGAAGAGACAAAGAGGAGGGGAUGGAGGAGAGGAGCGGAUGAGAAGAUGAGGGGGUUGGGAGGAAGGAGAUGAGGAAAGCGGAGGGGAUGGGCGGAGAGCGAGAGGAGGGGAUGGGAGGCGAGGAGAAGAUCACGAGGCGGGGAUGGGAGGAGAGGGGAGGAGAGAAAUAGAAGGAAUGGGCGGAGAGAGAGAAAGGGAGGGAGAAGGGGGGGGAGGAGAGGAGUAGAGAAGAGAGAAAGAGGAGGGGAUGGGAGGCGAGAGAGGAGAGGAGAAAGAGGAAGGGGAUGGGAGGAGAGAGAAAGAAAAGCGGGGGGGUGGGCGAAGAAGGAGCGGACCGAGGAGGGGGUGGGAGGGAGAGGCGAGCACGAGAGGACUGGAAUGGGAGGGAGGAGGAGGAGGGGCCAGAGGAGGGGAGAUGGGAGGAGAGAGAACGAGGAGGGGAUGGGGAGGAGAGAGAAAGAGGAGAGGGAUGGGCGGAGAGGGAGAAAGGGCUGGGAGAGAGGAGAGAGAAAAAGCGAGGGUGGGAGGAGAGAGGAGGUUGGGGAUGGGAGGAGAGGAGAGAGAAAAGAUACGAGAGGGGAGGAGGAGAGAGAAAGAGGAGGGGAUGUGGGGGAGAGAGAAAGAGAGAACGAGAGAACGAUGAGGAAUGGGAGGAGAGGAGGAGAGAAAGCGUGAGAGGAAUGGGAGGAGGGAGAGGAGGGGGAGAGAGCGGGCGCGAGAAAGGGGAGGGGAGGAGCGGGCGAGAAAGAGCGGGGAAUGAGAGGAGAAUGAGAGAGGAAGAAAGAUGAUGGGGAUGAGGAGGAGAGGCGAGAAGAAGAGGAGUGACUUUAGAGGGAGGCGCGAGAAAGAGGCGGGGCUGGGGAGGAGAGGAGGAAAGAGGAUGAGGAUGGGAGGAGAGGAGAGAGCAAGAGGAUGGGAGGAGCGGAGAUUGAGAGAAAGAGGCGGAGGGGGGAUGGGAGGAGAGGAGAGGGAAUCGGAGGGGAUGCGGAGGAGGGGGGGGGGAGAGCGAAGGAGGAGGGGAUGGGGAGAGAGGGCGAAGCGAAAGAGGGGGGAUGGAGGAGAGAGAGGAUGAGGAAUGGGAGGAGAGCGACAAGAGGAUGACUGGGAGGAGAGAGAACGGGCGACGACUGUUGUGGAGUGAGAGGUGAGCGGAGAGCGUAGGAGCGAACGCGAGGGGUGCGCGGAGAGCGGCGAGACGAUCGAUAGCACAGCGGAGGGGAUGUGAGGAGAGGAAAGAGAAGGGGCGGGGAGGAGGACGGAGAGAGAAAGGAGAGGAAUGGGAGGAAGGAGAGAGAAAGAGGAGAGGGGUGGGGAGGAGCGGAGAGAGAAAGAGGAGGGGAUGGAGGAGGGGGAUGGGAGGAGAGGAGAGAGAAAUAGGAGGGGAUGGGGAGGGGAGGGAGGAGGGAGAGAAGGAGGGAGGACUUGGGAGGCGAAAGAAAGGAAAGGAGACGAAAGGGAGAGGGGGGAGGAAGAGAAAGACGAGGAGGGCGGAAUGGGAGGAGAAAGAAAGAGGAGGGGAUGGGGGGGAGGAGCGGGAGGAGAGGAGGAGGGGAUGAGACGGAGAGAGCAGAGAGGAGGAGGGAUGGGAGGAGAGAGACAAGGGAGAGAGAAAGAGGAGGAAUGGGAGGAGAAAGAAAGAGGAGAGGAGGGGAGGAGAGAGCGAGAAAGAGGAGGGGAUGCGAGCGGCGAGGAGAGGAGAAAGCGGAAGGGGAGGGAGAGAGGAGUGAAAGACGGAGGGAAAAGGAGGAGAGGAGGAUGGAGAGGCGCGAGAAAGAGAGGGGAGGAGAGGAGAGAGAAAGAGGAGGGGAUAGGCGGGAGAGACGGAGGAGGGGCGGGAAGCGGAGAGAAAGAGGAAGGGGAUGGGAGGGGAGAAGGAUGAGGAUGAGGACUGGGGAGGAGAGAGAAAGAGGAUGAAUGGGAGGAGGAUGAGAAGAGGAGGGCUGGGUGGAGGAGAGGAUGAGAGGAGAGAGGAGGGGAUAAAGAGAGGGGGAUGAGAGGAGGUGAGGAAGAUUAGAAAGAGGAGGGGAUGGGAGAGAGCAGGAGAAAAGAGGAGGGGGAUGGGAGGAGGGAGAGGGAGAGAAAGAGGAGGGGAUGUGAGGAGAGAGAGGGAGGGGGGGAUGGGGAGAGGAGAGGAGAAGAGGAGGGGAGGGGAGGGAGGAGAGGAGAGGGGAGGAGGAGAGAUAAAGAGGAGGGGCUGGGAGGAGAGAGAAAGAGGGAAAGGAAGAAUGGGCCGGAGAGCGAACGAGGGUUGGGUGGGAGGAGCAGGACGAGAGUAAUAGGAGGGGGGGCAUAUUAGGAGCGCGAGGAGGAGGGGCGGGGAUGGGGAGGCGGGAGAGGGAGAAAUAGAAAGAAAGGAGAGAGGGAGGGAUGGGAGGAAGGAGAGCGAAGAAAUAGGCGGAAUGGAGGAGAAAGAAGAAAGAGGAAGAGGAUGGGAGGAGCGAGAAAGGGAGGGGAAGAAAAGGGUGGGAUGGGCGGAGAGAGAAGCGGAGGGGAUGGGCGGCGAGAAAGGGAGGUAGGGCGGAGCGGAGCGCGAAAGCGGAGGGGACGGGAGGCGAGAGCGGCGGAUGGGGCUGGGGGGAGGAGAGGAUGGGCGGAGAGAGCAAGAGGCGGGGGCUGGGGCGCGCGACAGAGGGGAGGGGAGGAGCAGGCGGCUCGACCGAGGCGGGGUGGGGAGAGCAGCCCCCCACGGCGGGGAUGGGAGGCGAGGCGAGGAGAGAGCCAGCGGGAGGGGAUAGGAGGAGAGAGAGGAGGAGGGGAGGGAGGCGAGAGCACGAGGAGGGGUGGGAGGCGAGAGAAGGUAUUGAGGACUGCGGAGGAGAGGAGAAAGAGGUGAUGGGGGGAGAGCAGGGAGGAUGGGGGGUGGAUGAGGAGGAUGAGAGGCGAGAGAAAGAGAGGGGAUGCGAGGAGAGAAGAUGAAAGAGGAGGGGAUGGGAGGCGAGGAGAGCGAAAAGAGGAGGGGAUGGGAGAAGAGAGAAGGAGGAGGGGAUGGGAAGGCGAGAGGAGCAAGAAAGAGGAGGGGAUGGCAGGAGAGAGAAGAAAAGAGGGGGCUGGCGGCGAGAGAAAGAGGAGGCUGGGAGGAGGAGAGAAAGAGGAGAGGUGGGAGGAGAGGGCGAGGAGAGAGAAAGAGGGGAGGGUGAGGGGAGGGGAGAGGAGAGAGAAGCGGAAGAGAAAUAGGAGGGGAUGGGUGGAGGAGGAGAGAAGGAGGAUUAGGAGGGGAUGGGAGGAGAGAGAAAGAGGAGGAAGGAGGGGAAAGAAAGAGGAGAGGAUGGGAGGAGCGAGAAAGAGGCGUGGAUGGGAGGAGGAGAGCAAGAGGUGGGGAUGGGAGGCGAGGAGAGAGAAGAGGAGGGGGGGGAGGAGAGCGAAAGAGAGGAAUGGGAGGGAAAGAGAAAACGAGGGGAAAAGGUUGGAGAAAGAACGGAUGAGCGAGAGAGGAAAGAGAGGGGAUGAGAGGCGAGAGAGAAGAUACGAAAGAGGAGGGGAUGAGGGAGAAAGAUGAGGGUUUGGUGAGGAUGAGCAGAACAGAGGAGGGGAUGGGAAGGAGAGAGAAAGAGGAGGGGAUGGGAGUAGAGAGAAAAGUAGAGCGAAAGGGGGGGAAUGGGAGGCGAGGAGAGAUAAAGGAGGGAGGGGAUGGAGGGAGAGCGGAAGGGGAGAGUGGUGGGAGGGCGGAGAGAGAUAAGAGGAGGGGGAUGGGAAGGCGAGAGAAAGAGGAGGGGAUGGGAGAGAGAGAUAGAAGAGGAGGGGUGGAGGAGAGGAAGAGGAGAGGAUGAAUGGGAGGAGAGGAGAGGAAAGAAGAGGGGAUGUGAGGAAGGAGAGAGAAAGAGGAGGUGGCGGGCGGAUGGGGUGGAGAGAACAGAGGGAGAGGAUGGGAGAGAGGAGAGAAGAGGGAGGAGGAGAGGGAAGAGAAAGAGGAGGGUUGGGAGGAGAGAGGAGGGAUGGGAGGGAGAGGAGGAGAGAAAAGAAGAGGGGAGGAUGGGAGGAUGAGAGCAGAGGAGGGGAAUGGGAGGCGAGAGAAAGAGAGAAAGAGGCGGGGGAUGCGCGGGGAGAGAAAGGAAAGAUGAGGAAUGGGAGGCGAGGAGAGAGAAAGCGAAGAGGAUGGGAGGAGGGAGCGAGAAAAAGGGGCGGGGGAGGAGAGGAGAGAGAAAGAUGAGGGGAUGAGAGGAGAGGAGCGAAAAAAACGAUGAGGGGAUGAGAGGGAGGAGCGGAAAAGGAGGGGAGGAAUUAGAGGAGAGGAUAGGAGGAGCGGAGAGAGAAAGAGGCGGGGGGGGUGGGGAGGAGAGAAAGAGGAGAGGUGGCGAGGGGAGAGGGAGAGGAUGAUGGGGGGGGAGAGAGAGAGAGAGAACAGGGAUGGGAGGGGGAGAGGAGCGAGAAAGAGGAGGGGAUGGAAGGAGAGGAGAAGCGAAAUAGGAGGGAUGGGGCGGAGAGAGCAAGGAGGAGGGGCUGGGAGGAGAGAGAAAGAGGAGAAAGGAGGAGAAGAAAAGACGAAAGAAAGAGGAGAGAUGGGAGGAGCGAGAAAGAGGAGGGGAUCGGGAGGAGAGGAAAGCGGAGUGGAGGGGAGGAGGGAGAGAGGGAGAGAGACUAGAGGGGAGGGGGUGGGGAGGGAGAGAAAGGGACGGAAUGGGGGAAAGAAGAAAGAGAGGAAAAAAGGUGAGAAAGGAUGAGAGGAGAGAGCGAGAGAGAACAGAGAGAAAUAGAGGGGAUGGAGGAGAGAAGGAGAGAAAGAUAGAAAAAGGGAGGGAUGGCGGAGGAAAAGAUGAGGGUUGGAGAGGAGGAGAAAGAGGAGGGGAUGAGAGGAGAGAGAAAGAGGAGGGGAUGGGAGGAGAGAGAAAGAGGAGGGGAUGGGAGGAGAGGAGAGAGAAAGAGGAGGGGAUGGGAGGAGGAGAUAAAGAAAAGGAGAGAGAAAGAGGAGGGAAUGGGCGGAGAGAGGAGAAAGGGAUGAGGGUGGGAGGAGAGGAGAGAGAAAAGAGGAUCGGGGAGAUGGGAGGAGAGAGUAGGAAAGAUGGGGAGGGGAUGGGAGGAGAGAGGAGAAAGACAAGAAAGAGGAUUGGAUGGGAGGGAGAGAAAAGAGGAGGGGGUGGGAGGAGAGAGAGAGCGAGGAUGAAGGGAGGAGCGAGAGAGGAUGAAUGGGAGGAGAGGAGAGGGAAAGAGGAGGGAUGGGAGGAGAGAGAAAGAAGAGGAGGGGAGAUGGGAGGAGGAGGAGAAAGAGGAGAGGAUGGGGGGGAGAGGAUGAGGAGAAAGAGGCUGGGAGGAGAGGAGCGAGAGGAGAGAGAAAGAGGAGGGUUGGGAGGAGAGAGGAGAGAGAAAGAGGAGGGGAGGGAGGAGAGGAGAGAGAAAGAAGAGGGAGAUGGGAGGGAGAGAGAAAGGGCGGGGGAUGGAUGGAGGAGAGAAGAGGAGGGGAUGGGGGAGGAGAGGAGAAGAUGAGGAAUGGGGGAGAGGGAGAGAGAAAGGAGGAAUGGGGAGAGGAGGAGGGAGGAGGGGAGGAGAGGAAAGGGGAGGGGAGGAGAGGAGAGGAAAGAUGAGGGGAGAGCGGAGAGGAGAGAGAAAGAGGAGGGGAUGAGAGGAGAGGAUAGGAGGCGAGGAGAGAGAAAGAGGCAGGAUGGGGGAGAAGAAAAGAGGAGAGGAUGGGAGGAGGGAAGGAGAGAAAUAGGAUGCGGAGAGGAGAGAGAAGAGGUGGAGGAGAGGAGGAGAAGAACGAGGAUGGGAGGAGAGGAGACGAGAAAAGGAGGAGGAUGGGAGGAGAGGAGAGAAAGAAGGGGGGGUGGGGGCGGACGGAGAGAGAAAGAGGAGGGGCGAUGGGAGGAGAGGAGAGAGAAAGAGGAGGGGUUGGAGGAGAGAGAGAGAGAGAAAGAGGAGGAAUGGGAGGAGAGGAGAGAGUGAAAGAGGAGGGAUGGGAGGAGAGAGAAGAGGGGGGAUGGGAGGAGAGAGAAGAAAGAGGAGGGGGAUUGGGAGGAGAGAAGAGGGGAAUGGGAGGGCGGAGAGGACAGAGGAGGGGGGAUGGGAGGAGAGGAGAGAGAAAGAGGAGGGAGGGAGGAGAGAAAGAGCAGAGGAAGGGAUGGGAGGAGAGGGAGAGAGAAAGAGGAGGCGAUGGGAGGAGGAGGAGAGAGAAAGAGGAGGGGAUGGGAGGAGAGGAGAGAGACAGAGGAGGGGAUGGGAGGAGAGGAGAGAGAAAGAGGAGGGGAUGGGAGGAGAGGAGAGAGACAGAGGAGGGGAUGGGAGGAGAGGAGAGAGAAAGCGGAGGCGAUGGGAGGAGAGCAGAGAGAAAGAGGAAGAAUGGGAGGAGAGGGAAAGAGGAGGAAUGGGAGGAGAGGGAAAGAGGAGGGGUCAGCAGGAUGUUUAAAAAAUGCAUAUGAUGAUGUAGCUUGACAGACCUCAUUUCAUUUAGAUUUAGUGGGAGAAAUAAAAAUGUUUUAAGGCUUAACAUGAGGUAGCCUUUGUUUGUUUAAUUGAACACUGUUUUAAUUAAUAUUCUGAUUGGCCUCUGUAUAUGCCUAGCAAAAUGAAAUGCUUGGUAAAUAUUGCAAUACGAAGAUGUGAUUUUAUUUACAAGUUGCAAAUCAAUGUGUAGAUUGCUGUUGAGUGUUUGCUAAUGCCAAUUGAGAACCAUCAUCCUUUAGUCUAUUGUUUCUACCUCAGACUGCAUGGCAUGGUGCUUGCAACACUAGGGUUGUGGGUUCGAUUCCCGGGGCCACGCAUAUGUAAAAAUGUAUGCACAUGUGACUGUCAGUCGCUUUGGACAAACGCGAAUGCUAAAUGGCAUGUAUUAUUUACAACUAACAAGUGAUCAGUUUAAGCUGUGUGCAAAUAACCCAAUAGAUACUGAGAUCCAACCCCCUGUCUCCCUGCAGCUGAAGCCCAGGAUGGUGAUGAAUCCCCUGGCCAUCUCUCCUCCCAGCAGCACCCCAGAACCAGACAUGAGCUCCAUCCCCCAGGACGCUGCUACCAUCCCCCACUCUGCCACGCCCCAGAUGCUCACAGGUAACUAUACCCUACUCCGCAAGGUCCCAGGUGCUCACAGGUAACUAUACCCUACUCCGCAAGGUCCCAGGUGCUCACAGGUAACUAUACCCUACUCCGCAAGGUCCCAGGUGCUCACAGGUAAACUAUACCCUACUCCGCAAGGUCCCAGGUGCUCACAGGUAACUAUACCCUACUCCGCAAGGUCCCAGGUGCUCACAGGUAACUAUACCCUACUCCGCAAGGUCCCAGGUGCUCACAGGUAACUAUACCCUACUCCGCAAGGUCCCAGGUGCUCACAGUUAACUAUACCCACUCUGCCACGCCCCAGGUGCUCACAGGUAACUAUACCCUACUCCGCAAGGUCCCAGGUGCUCACAGGUAACUAUACCCUACUCCGCAAGGUCCCAGGUGCUCACAGUUAACUAUACCCUACUCCGCAAGGUCCCAGGUGCUCACAGUUAACUAUACCCUACUCCGCAAGGUCCCAGGUGCUCACAGUUAACUAUACCCACUCUGUCAUGCCCAGGUGCUCACAGGUAAGCCCCGCCCCCACACUACCACGCGCCCCUGGGGCCUCAUUUAUUAACCGUGCAUAAAUGUCGUACCAAAUUCUGGCGUACGUGGAGAUUCUAGGAUUUGCACGCACAACAAAUUACUGGGAUUUAUCAAACUGUUGUACACAUGUUUUCAUUGAUAAAUCAGAGCCGUACUAUAUUUGUACUACAACCCUGCCUGGAAAACGCCCUCCAUUCACCUUUUAUGGUAACAAAAACACCCUCAUUUGCUGUAUGAUUUGGAAAUGUUGGAACUGGGCCAUGUCAGUUUCUACAAGAAAGCACAAUAGCAAAUUAGAUCACAUUUGUAUAGAGGUGUGCGCAGAAUGUUUUAAUAUUUUGCAGUUACUUUUUUCAAACUAAGAAUGCAUGCCGUCUGUAGCGAGUGCGAAACACUGGCCGCACAUUCUGGAUGAUUGACUGUCUAUUCAAACAAUAAACAAAUAAACGCUACAGCCCACACUUCUGUGCAAAAAGACGAAUCGUUGUUCAAUAUUUUGUUUAUCGAUCGAUGAUUGUGUUUUUAUGUCCUGUCUUGGUAUAGGCUCUGAGAUGAAAUAGACAAUGAUGUCAUGCUCCUAUCACACAGCAAUACUGUAGCCCACAGGCCCUUAUAAUAAAGUCAAAGAAACAUAGGCUGCUAUGUGAUCUUCUUACCAACAACAAAAAUGCAUCUGUUUUAUCAUUAGGCAAUUUUUUUAUGUUUUUAUUAGCCUACCAUUAUUAUAAUUCCCUUGUGUCAAACACCUCAAUUUCCCAAAAAUAACAAUAUUUACUUGUAAUACAAUUCUACAACCACUACGCGUGGAGAUACGAACACUUUCCCGUCGAAUUCAAAUGUGAUAAAUACCAACCUUUGUGGGAAAAGGUUUAGUCUUUUUUGUGCUCAUGCACAUUUGAUAAACAAGGCCCCGGUUGCUCACAGAGUUUACUUUUCCAAUGUCUCCCCCCAUACUGCUUUGUCCGGUGAAACAUAUUGGGUGUUAUGAAAAGUCACGUUGGUAAUCACAUUUCAAAUGUAAUUUUGUAUUCUGUUAGUUAUAAGCAUACUGUACUCGUUAAAUGUAAUUGUGAAGGAAAGCAACGUCACCAAAAUAGCCGACCUAAACAUCUUUGCCUCCUCUGUCCCUGCUGUUGUGUAUCCUGCAGUGUGUAUCUACAUCAACAAGCACGUCAACAUGGGCCCCAACCUGGACAGGAAGAAGCUGCAGCAGCUCCCAGAUCAUUUUGGGCCUGACAGGCCCUCCGUGGUGCUGCAGCAGGCCGUCCAGGGGUGCAUCGACAGCGCCUUCCAGCAGAAAGCUGUGUUCACUCUCCUCACACAGGGAUACGGAGGGGAGAAAAUAUCAGGUACAACCAGGGCCCUGUGCUUUGGUUAAUCAUGUCACAUGACCUGGAUUUUAACCUUUUAUUUUAAGCCUUUUCCAGAAAUGAGAAUUAGACCAAAAAUGAAAGCAUUUGUCUGAGAAUGGUGCUGGACCAUCUUACAUAAAAAAUUAAAGGGGACAGUUUGAUGAAAAAGCUUCAAAUAAAGGUUAAAAUGUGAUGCGAUUAACCAAAACACAGGCCCCUAGGAAAAUACCACAGACCCACCAAUUGUACAUAGUGUCACUGAGAUUUUGGUUGUAUAUUUAUUAUUUUGAUUGCUGCCCAGAGGGAAAUGAUAGAAAUUGACAUACACUGAUUAGAUAAUCUAGUAACCAUGAAGUAUCCUUCCUUUCUCCGAGAACAUCCGGAUCUGUUACCCGGGGUUAUUGGCCAUUUCCGUCUUUGAAUGUCAGUGGAUGAAAUGCAUUGGCCAUCCUAGGUUAACUGUUGCUUUGAGACAUGGCUGUAGAGAUGUGUCCCCUGGGGCAAAGUUAACUGCAACAAGCUUUACUGCAAUAGGAAAUUAAAAUAUAUUCCAGGCGUGCAUCCCAAAUGGCACCCUAUUCGUAGAGCACUACUUUUGACCAGGGCCCGUAGGGCUCUGGAAUAGGGUCCCAAUUGGAACGCAACCCAAGUUUAAUCAAGUGUUCCUUUGUGUUCCAGCCACCUUCGAUGGGAAGCAGCACCUUCUGAGUCUGCCUGUGGUCAACAGCAUUGGCUACGUGCUACGCUUCCUCAAGAAGCUCUGUCGCAGCUUGCACUGUGAAAACCUCUUCAGCGACCAACCAAUCCCCCAGCAUAAUAAUGCCUCCUACCAAUCAGAGGGUAAUGCACUGUCCUGUAUUCAAUUCAAUUUAAUUCUAAAUACUUUCUUUAUCCUACAAGGGAAAUUAUGUAGGCAGAGGUGCAGAUAUGAUGCAUUGAAUGUUACUUCUUAGAACACUCCUGUACCUUAACAAGAGCUUUUGAAGAAAUGGCCUCAAAUAUUGUGCUAUAUUGCGUCAGAUUGCACAUGAAAGCACAGAAUGACAUUUUGUCAAAUACACAUCAUUUGGUGUUUUACUAGUGUAAUCCCUGGUAAUCCUAAUCCAUUAUCCAAAUCCCUGUAUUCCAACCUAAACAGAUGAGACCUCCAUGCCAGAACACUACCUAGAACAUUCUCCUGUACCUAAACAAGAGCACCGGGGGAAAUAAUUCCCUCGGAAUUACCCUACGCUCAAUUUCUUCCGAUUGGACCAUAAAAGCACAGAAGGACAUUUCAUAGACAUCUUUAAAGGCUUCAGCUUCUAUCCAAAGUUAUUAAAAGUAUUGCCAAUAUGUUUUACUUAUGUAAUCUCUUUCCAUUCAUUUCACAGCUGAAACUUCCAUGCCAGAGGAGUAUCUUCUGGACCCGUCAGACAAACGGUACUCAAUGGACCCAGGUGACUCCGCCUUCAGUGCCAUAAGCUCCUCCUACUCAUCCAAACCAUCCUAUGGGUUCCGCUCCUCGCAGCAGUUCCCCAACGGCUCCUCCCCCUUGGGUAUGUGUAGACAGACGUCCAGCCCUAACACCUUCCUGGAAGGCAACAGGAUAGGUAAGAGAUUGGAGAGUGGAGACUAGGCUUGCAAAAUUCCGGUAACUUUCCCAACAUGUCCAGGUUUUCCUGAAUAUUCCCUCCCGAUUUCGGGAAUCUUCCAACCGGGAUUUCUGGAAAACCUAGGGAUUUUGAGAAAAUGUGUUUCUUGCUAUAAUCACAAUGCCCUAACCAGGUAAAAUAGACCAGCAUAGAAAUCCUUCUUGACCUCUUUCUCUUUUCUCAUGCAGUGUACAAUCCAUCUCAGGACUCCCAGGAGUCCAAGGCGUCCCCCAGUAAGGACCCUUCCACCUGGAGUGUAGAGGAUGUGGUCUGGUUCAUCAGAGACGCUGACCUGCAGUCCCUGGGCCCUCACGUGGACGUCUUCAGGAAGCAUGUAGGCUACCCCUUGGAUCACUCAUAAUUCAUUCAUAUUUCCUUGAUACCUCGUAUCCUCUCUCCUAACCUUCUCAAAACGCCUUGGAGGAGAAGGUCCUUGGGGAGGAACCUUGGACCUUCUCUUCCAAUCCAGUUGAGGCGGAGACAAGGACGUGAGGAAUCGCUGAAAGACAAAUUGAGAUUGAGGCCUGGAUCUGUAACAGUUGGGGGAAACCCCUUUUCUUUUUCAGUUGUUACGUUUCAUGUGAUGUUUUGAUUUGAGUGGUUGGAUUAUAUCUGGAUGUGAUGUUUUGUGAAAUACUUACCAGGAUUGGGGUCACUCCCAGUUCAAUUCAGUAAACAGCUCUGAUACAUGUGUCCACUUUACUUUUUGUGGAGAUUUAAUAUAACCUGAGCUUCUGUUUCUUUUCCACAGGAGAUAGACGGCAACGCGUUGUUACUUCUAAAGAGUGACAUGAUCAUGAAGUACCUAGGACUGAAGCUGGGGCCAGCCCUUAAGCUCUGCUAUCACAUCGACAAACUAAAACAAAAC